UAUUCGUUAACCCAUUUUCCGACAGGACGUAAAGGCGUCAUUUUUACGUAUGCCGUCAUCAGGGAAGCUACAUCUGACGAGAUUCAGUGUUCACAUUGAUGCUGUGAACGAAUGUAACGUUAUCCGUUGAAGUGAGGUGUCUGCUCUUUCUUCAGAGAUGGAGUCUCAGAAUUCAAACCUGACCUGCAUCAUAUGCCUGGACCGUUUUCAAAUCCCUGUAACCAUCCCCUGUGGUCACACCUUCUGUCAAACCUGCAUCACCAAGCACUGGGACACCAAGAGCAAGUCUAAUAUUGGACCCCAGUGCCCCAUCUGCAAUGAGAAGUUUGACACCAGGCCCAUCCUCAAGCGUAAUGUGUCCCUGUCAGUCCUGACUGAGGCCGCAAACAGCGGCCACUCCGGUAGAGAGCAGCUCAUGCGUGGAAGCGAUGGAGGGAGAGUCAUGCUGCUGUGUGAUCGCCACAAAAAACCACUGGUUUAUUACUGCAGGCAGGACAGAACGUCUGUGUGCUGUGAGUGCGACAUCUCUGAAUGCAAGAACCAUGACACGGUCUUGUUGGAGGCAGAAAGAGAAAAUCAAGAGCUGCUGCUGGAAAGGAAGAGUAAGGAGGUGGGGAAACUCAUAGAAGAGACAGAAAGAAGUAUUAAGGACCUUGCUGAGAAUAUCAAUCAAGCUAAGGUGACUCUUCAGCAGACCUCCACCUGGGUCAGUGUCAAGUUCUCCACGCUGAUGAAAAUACUGGCUGAGAAGCAGGAGGCUACAGAGCUCUUUAUUGAGGAGCAGCAAGAAGGUGCCAUCAGUGAGGCGGAGGCACGGCUAGCUGAGCUUGAGGAGCGCUCCAAGAUACUCCGAGAGAGACAGGGAGAGAUAGCAGCUGUACAUAACCUCUCUGAUACAGAGCUCAUCAAGGAAUCGAUGGUCAUAGAAGUUCCACGUCUCAAGGAUGUUCCCACAGAUGUAACACCAAACCUUCAGGAUCGAUUGAACGGCGUCACAGACGUCCUGUCCCGAGUCUCCAAAUUGGUGGCUGAGGACUUAGAGAAAGCUGUGAGCACCGCCGUGGGUCAGGACAAAGACGGUUCUCCUCAGGAUAAGAGGCCGAUCCUAGCUGUGGUUCCCAGUCCAGCUGCUCCGUGCCACCCUGGUGGGAAGGAGGGCCUCAGCGCUUACCGAUGCUCGCUGACCUUUGACCCUCGCACUGCCAAUGAGCACCUCUGUCUGUCCCUGGAGAACCGGAGGGCGGAGCACCUGACCUCCGGGCCACGCACUGUCCCAGCCCACGAAGCCCGCUUCGAUCACACCUGGCAGGUGCUCUGCUUUCAGGGCUUCACCCGUGGACAGCACUACUGGGAGCUGGAGGUGUCCAAGCCCUGGGCCUACCUCGGGGUGACCUACGAGACAAUCCCCAGGAAGGAGAAGGGCAAGAGGUGCAUGGUGGGUAUGAACGAACUGUCCUGGAGCCUGCAGCUGGACGAGCACCAGCUCAGCGCCUGGCACAACGGCCGUCGGGAGACUCUGGCCGGCCACUCCCAGCACAGCCGCAUCGGCAUGCUGCUGGACUACGAGGCGGGGACGCUCACCUACUACGGAGACGGCCAGACCAGGCUGCAUGCCUUCCACUGUGCCUUCAGCCAGGAGCUGUUCCCUGCCUGCUGGAUCGGAGAGGGGGUCAGCAUCACCCUCUGCUCCACAUGAACUGAUUCAUAAAGAGAAGCGAGAAGGGAGCUCAGUAUUAAGAAGCACUAUCAAACAUGGGCACUAGCUGACUCAGAGAGGAUCCCCCUUAACCAUUUAAGAGGUUUUUUUUAUCUUUUUUUCUUUACAGUGACUGCCUUCCUACAUUGUGUCAAUCAAAACAACUGACUGAUGGGCUUUCUCGCCCCAAUCUGUACACCUGGCUUUGGCUUAUUCACAUUAUCACUUACCACGUGACAAUAAUGUAGCUAAGGAAGUGGUCACAAACUCUAAAGGCCCUUAGGGUUCUGAUUUAAGGGCAGCACUACUUCAUUCCGGUUUGUUAUUUUCUUCAAUGUCUGAAAUAAACGUACAUUUUAAAUAGAUUUCUGCUUUCAGGUAGGAAACUCUGUCUGACAGAUUAUAGGACUACACAAAUUGUCCUUGUUCUACUGCAAGGCAAUACACUUAUUACAGGUGCGUUACAGCAAGUGACUCAUUAUGAAGUACAAAAAUUCGUAAAAUCCACGUCCAUGCUGGGUCUGUGCUGUAGUAUGCUGCAUGAUUAGUUAGACACCAGAGAGUUCCUGGGGACCAGAUGAGUACAGUGUUGUGUUGUUGUGCUGGACUACAACUAUUCCUCCAUCAUUUUCAUUAACCCCAAAGUGUUGUAACAUGGAUUUUCGAGUGUGGCACAUGCAGUUUGGCUGGUCUUACAAAUAUACAACCUUUAAAGGAUGACUGUGCAUGCUGCCAACUAGUCUUGCACAUAAGUCAGAUCCUACUGUGCCUGACCCGAGGGUGCUUUGAAGAAACAGAAGCCAUAUGUUGAGGAAUCACUAUAGCAUAACUUUACAAUGUCGCCCAAGCCGUCUGAGAAUCUGGCAAUUCUCCUGGUUAUACUUGAAUUCUGAAAAUUAAAAUUUUCAAGUUCAAGUAGAGGCCUCAGAAGAGAAAAAAGCAUAUUCAUUCAUCCAUCUCUUGCUUGGAAUUCAGUCCAGAGAAAUAUGGGAGUCAGUUCAUAAUGUGGUACCUUCAGGGCUAUACGCCGCCGCAGGAUAGAUUGAACAUAAAUUCAUUUUAUGAGACAUUAUCCUGUUAAACAUACAGUUCCCCCUGCCCCCUGUUGUACCAUAAGCAAUGUAGGAGAAACCAAAUCAUCUUUGUGGGCUGUAAAUUACUACUGCGAAUACAGGACUGAAAAUGGAGUGCCAUUUUUUUUAUCAACUUGGGAUCUUAUGAAGGCACGAACAAAUCGCCCUGCCUGUACAGUCUCAUGAUGCUGACUGUUGUGAUGGAAUCUGCUGUACUGUUCAAAUGGUUUUAAUGGGCUUUGGCUUUUUGCUUUUUUUUUAACCCAUGAGCACUUAGAGGGCAUACAAUAGCUGUGACCUUCAGGAACGUUGAGGUACUCGAGGCUCAGGACAUCAUCCAUCAGUCUUUGGGAAACAGCUGUGGAUUUGCACAAGUUGCCCAGAAGUGCAGACGAGGACUACUGACUCUGAGAAGGGAAAAAGCACAUUUCCAGGCUGUUUUGGCCUAAAUGCAUAGAACAUAACCCUCCUGCUGACUCUGGAAUAUGUUUGUUAAUUAUCCUAAUGCAAUAUGCUGUGUUCAAAGUGGAAUACCCAUCAAUGUGUGAUAUAGCAAUAGACAAAGACAUUUCUGUUUCACAUGAAUCAAGAUCCAUUUAAUAAAAUCCAAUCCACUGCAUACAUGCAUUAGUUGAGAUCAUGCUUUGAUUUUCUUAUUUGAGCCAUUUUACAUUAAUUAUUCAAUAAAUUAGUUUGA